CAAGUUUGCUUUUAGUUUGUGAUUACUGAGCACGAUUCCUGUGUAUAUGAGCUCCAAAUCUGUCUCUUUUUGAGGUUUUCAGGAACUUUAGGUUAAUAAGCCAAUCAGGACAUCUGCCACUAUCUUCACAGUCUGAGGCUGGAGGCGGAGUAAAAGAAGACAAAAAAGUAUUAUCAGCGCAUUCUCCUUGCUGGAAAACAGAAACUCUCCGCUUGUCAGGAUGUUAAGUGAGAAAUCAGAUUUUCCACUGAGCGUCUUGAACGCGGCAUAAAUCGCGUCAGGCGCUUCAAGCGCGUCAGACGUCAUCACUACUCGCCCAGUCAGCUGACGGAGCUCCUGUGUGUUUUGGUUUACACAGAUUCUGCUGAACACCAUGGCCUCUUCAUUUACACUUGGUCCAAAAUUUCAUGAGAAACUGAAGGACUUGUUGGAGGGAGAAUCCUCUCCCUCACCGCAGCUGUUCGAACAGCUAGGAGCUCUCAAAGAUCAAUCAACAAUGUCAUUUAAGGCAGCAAGAAAACUACAGAAACUUCUUCAGGAAAAUGGGUAUCCAGUCUAUCUUCAUGAGCUACUGGAAGACAGCACACUUUACCUGCCAAAGGUCGAACUGCCUCCAAGAAACCCUGAGUUGGUAGCUCGUCUAGAGAAGAUUAAAGCAAAACUGGCCAAUGAAGAAUAUAUGAGAAUCACGCGGAAUGUAAAUCCUCAGGAAAUGAACAAUCAUGGAACCCUAGCAGACUUUGGAAGACAAGUGCGUUCUGUCAAAGCAGUUGUUGUUACUGUGUUCAACUUCCUUGUAACGGUGGUUGCUGCCUUCGCUUGUGCCUAUAUGGGAAGCCAGUAUGUCUUCACAGAGACAGCAGCGAGAAUUAUUUCCGCAGUGAUUGCGGCCUCUGUAGUCGGACUAGCAGAGCUUUAUGUCCUAGUUCGGACUAUGGAAGGUGACUUGGGAGAGCCUUAACAGCUGGCAAGAAUUAAAGGACUUAUGCACUGGCCAGUGGAUCCUAUUCCAGCAACAUCAUCAGGGACCAUUUCCUUAAAAGUAAUCCCGUCACGUCUGGUCAUUUUAAUUUAUGGACUGUUUUCAAUCACAGUCUUGGACGUCAUUGGGAUGUGUGUCUUUUUCAAAAUAAAAAUCAUUUUCCCACUACAAGGAUGGAUUAAAGAUGGAUUAUAAAUCCAGGUAGUGUAAAUAAGAUGAUUUUUGUGCUUUGGUCAUUGUUAUAAUGUAUGCUUGAUUUAUGUGUUUAUAUGUUGGCAUAAAGUAAUACAAUUACUGGUACACAGUUACUGGUUAAUGGUCCUAGAUAAUGAAGUGUGACUGUGUUGCCUGAUCUGAUGUGCAUCUAAAUGUCUGUUAAAUGUAAAUUAUCAUAUUUUAGCAUCUGGACUGAAUUAAAUACUGAACUCUGA